AUGAAAGUGGGCAUACAUAGAGCGCACGCGCGUCACAGCAUAGGUGACGGCACCGGCAUUAAUACAAACACACAGUGUUUAUAUGUGGCGUCCAUUUUGGCACUCAAUUACCACAAUCGCCGACACAACAGACCACGUGUUGCCACAGACACACACUUCCCCAUCAGUGUGACCGUCGAGACCACCGAUUGGAUGGACACCACCCGAAGCCACUUGUCCUCCACCACAGCCGCCGCCACCCCCGCCAUCGUCGCCCCCUCCGGCUCUCCCACUGUGACCACAACCACCGCCAGUGUCUCCACAGCCGCCCAACCCGUGUCCGUAACGCUCACCACAUUCACGCCCCACAACCGUACGGACAACCCGUUCAGUAAGACUCCCGUCACCGGCGCUGUCGUCGUCACACCGGCUGUCGUACCGGUCAUCACAUCCACGCAUCAACACUCGUCGUCACCGCCGAAGUCCAUGUCCUCCUCCACGGCCACCACCGGCGGCGACGCAACCGCCGAUACGGCCGCCGCUGAAAGUACCGGUCGGUCGUCUGUGAUCUUAGCGCCCGCGCGACUGGCGCUCAACAAUAACACAAACACUACGACAGGAGCGUCCAUAUCGUCGGCCACCCCUUUGGGAGGUGUGGGCGCCGGCGCCGCAGUCGCCGCUCCACUCCAACACAUGGCCACCAAUAGGGACACGAUUAACAACUACUUUAGCAGUAAUAUCACCGCCGGUGGCGCUGCUAUGACCACAACCACAACCGGCUCCACAACGGCCACCACAGGCGGCGGUUCGGGCGGUAUUCUGGCCGAGAGUCGACUGUCGAGCGCUGUGUUAUCGACAGCCGUCAGCACCGGUACAACCAGUAAGUCAUUGUUGAGGCCAUCGGUGUUACGAUUCGCCGAUUCGUCCACUAAUAACUCGCAAAACGUGCCCAAAGAGUCCAAAGUGUUUGCAUUUGUAUCGCUGUCUAAGGAGGACAUCCCGAGACCGGCCACAACUCUACUGCCGGCGGACAGUAUCAUACGGUGCGGCGCCGACACCACCUCUCCGUUCAAUGGGGAGGAGGCGUCCGCCGGCGGCACUACCAGCACCUCCAACACUACCACCUCAUCGACCAAAAGCACUCACACGUCGUCGUCCACCGCAAACACCUAUUCAUCGGACGGAAGCGUCAGUUUACUGCCCGCACCCGUCGUUUCCGUUGCCACCGCCGCGACGGCCGGUUCGGUGGCCAUAUCGAGCAGUAGCGAUGUGGUGGUGGCGGCGGCCGCCGGUGCCGGGAGUAGCAGUAGUGGCGGCACCGGCAGUAUCGACAGCUGCGACGACAGUAACAGCCAAUCGGCGUUUGUUUUUGGUCAUAAUUUGGCCGAACGCGCAGUGUAUGUGCAAAACAGUGGCCAAAAGCACGGCAUCGACGGCCCGGACGACACGGCCAACGGCUCGAAACGGACAAAGACAGCGGCCGGUGACGACUCGGCCGCUAAACACGAUAUAAACGGUGAUAUAGCGACAGGAGGUUUCUCCGCCGGCACCGAAGGCAAGGCUGACGGCGCGCUUGACUUGUCUUCCACCGGCGCCGCCGAGCCGUCCGGUUCCGCCGCCUCUCCCGACAAACACUCGGAUAAUAAGCGAAAAUACGAAGUGAUUACCGGAGAAGAAGUGAUGAGGACGUCGGGCGCGCUUCGGGUAAUACUGAACGCUCACGUGGUGUCCGGCAUGCGGUUUGAUGUGUCCAACGAACAGUGUCUUCGGUUCACGAAUGUGGACGGCAUUUAUCUCAUCAAAGGCGCGCCCAAAGACAUCGACCAACUGAACAGUGCCGUCGAAUACCGGUUACGGGAGAUCGCGAAACGCAGCAAACAGUGCGACGAACACAUGAACGCCGAGACCACUGCCGCCGACAAACACAAGUGGGCCGACAGACCACUACCGCCGGUGACGCCGCCGCCAGUCGACAGUCAAACGCUGCCUUCGCAGCCGACGCCUCUCGAAGAGACUUCUAAUGAUAGUUAAAAAUUGUUGUCAUCCCUCCCGUCGCCGAUCCCUAGACCGCC